AUGGUGGCUUCACCCGGUUAUCAUGGUCCGGCGGCGUUGCACGCACGCGCACGGCACGCAGACGUUCUAAGACUGAGUGGUUUCGACUCGACGGACGAUGAAAGACGGUGUACGCCCAUCAUGGUGCCGGCCAAUGAGCGCAGGCUGUUCGUUCUCACUCGUGUAGAACUAUCUUUGCGCGAGCGGGACAGCAACACUCCUCGGCCGAGGCGUAAGCGUAGUAUUGAUCGGACGCAAGCCCCGCCUCCUUCGAAUAGGUAUUCGGCGCUAAGGUCG